AUGGACGGCUCCCAACCUCCAUCGCCGUCCCAACGGUCUUUGGCACAGUCCACGGCGGUGACGACAUCUGAGAGUGCUCGACAGAGGCGCAAAAUCGCUACCUUGGAAGAGAAGCUACAAGUCCUUGAGGCGGGGCAUGCGAUGAAAAAAAGGGUCACAAGCUACUACAUGUCCCAGGGAAGAGCUAUCAGGCGCAUGGUCACCUUAUAUGAUUCCAUUGAAGACUUGAUCGGCGAGAACGACAGGAGGUGCGAAACCGAAAACGACGAUGUCACCAUUGACCAGGAUCGAUUGCAAACAGGAUAUGUUACCCUUGGCAAUGUCGUCCCGUGGCUUCAAGAAAGAACUUCAGAGUUGGAAUACGAGGAGUACGUGCAAAUGCUAAAAAAGCUCAGGCAGGGGGCCGACAGUGCUCGAGGGGACGACACUUCGAAACUCAAGAGCCUCGUCCCCGAUUGGGUGAAUCGCGAAUUCAAGCCUAAUCCCCCAGUCGAUCGCGAGGAUAAACACUGCCGUGGAUUUGUCCACGAUGUUUGUGGCAGACUUCUCUGUCCAACAGAGCUGGACUGGCAAAACCCAAUCAUCAAAGCAGGGAUUAGGGAUCGUGUAGAUGGCUAUAUCGUAACAGAAAUGUCCUGGCCAAUAUUCCUGUAUGAAAAAUAUACCGCCGAUCAGAACAAUUUAGAACAAGGUCUAUUCAAAAGCACUCUUUUGGUUCAGGCCUUCAAAGCUAUUUUUACCUCUCCUUCCUCUGCAAAAGACGUUGAUGGUGAUGGCGAUGGAGCCAAUGUCAUUGAAAACAACAGACGUGCCCAAAAGGAUUCUUCCGGCAAGAAAGUGAAGACGCAUUUACGAUUUGCACUCUCUUCUGUGACUUCAUGGCGCUCAGUUGAUGGGGAGUUCGACUACAUCCAAUUCUGGCGCAAUAUUGUAGACUUCUUUGAACGAGCCCCCGGUCGAGUAGCGCAGUGCAAUGUCAGUCGACUACUGACAUGGUGGACGAGGAAAGUCUUCGGCACAAGUCGCCGUGCAGAAAUUAGCGACACGGCAAUGUCCAACAUGUCCGUGAACGCUCUUGCGAGGCAGCGGGCACAACUGGAUGAUGCCCUCUUUGACUCCGAUUAG